CAGACACACAGAAAGAGAGGAGACUGUGGAGGGAAGAGGCUGAGCCACAUUUUCCUUCAGACACUCCCAGUCUCAGCUCAGAGUGCACAGGCACUCCCUGAGUACACAGUGUGACGUGCAUGCCUCCCCAAACUUCCUCUCAGGACCCUACCACUCAAACCGGCCCUGGGUGAGGUCUCUGUCACAGCACAGCUGCAGCUUUGCAUCACGUUUCCACUGGAAAGUGUCAAUUAUAGGAAUGGAUCCUGAAGGCUCACGUCACCAUGACGACCCUCAUCUCCAGGUGAUGAUGGCAGGGUCAAUCUUGAGAAAAGUCAAGUCGCGCUCAUGGAGGAAGCAGCGGCACUUCAAGCUGCUGGAGGACGGAGUAACUAUCUGGUACAAGUCCAGAUGGGCUGGGACAAGUCACUCCACUUUCUUGGUGAGUGAGGUGGAAGCCGUACGUGAAGGCCACCAGUCUGAGGUCCUGCUGAGCAUCGCUGAUGAGUUCCACCCCAACCUCUGCUUCACCUUGGUGUUCCGUGGACGCCAAGGCAACCUGGACCUUGUUGCCGAGUCCCAGGAGGAAGCACAGGCCUGGAUCCAAGGGGUGCGCAAACUCAUUCACAACGCUGAAACUAUGGGUGAGAAGGAGAGGCUGCACCAAUGGGUCAGGGACUGGUUUCAGAAAGCUGACAAGAACAAAGAUGGGAAAAUGACCUUCAAAGAGGUGCGGAAACUACUCAAGAUGAUGAACGUUGACAUGAACGAGGAACACGCGUUACAUCUCUUCACGAUGGCUGAUAACUCAGACAGUGGCGCAUUGGCGAUCGAGCAGUUUGUCCAGUUCCAUAAGAUGCUUACUCAAAGGGAUGAAGUGUGGAAGGUGUUCCAGGACUACUCUGCAGAUGGAGAGAAGUUAAUGCUGGAUGAGGUGGAGUCCUUCCUGAGGCUCGAGCAGCUAGAAGGAGAUUGUAGUUCCCAGCGUGCCCAAGAGCUGAUUGACCGCUAUGAACCAUCUGAAGCAGCCAAGAAACAAGGUGCCAUGUCUUUAGAUGGCUUCCAGAUUUACCUGUGCUCUCAGGAGGGCUCCAUAUUUAAAUCCGAGUGCCGGGAUCUUCACCAGGACAUGAGCCAGCCGCUUAGUCACUAUUUCAUCUCCUCCUCCCACAACACCUACCUCCUCGAGGACCAGCUGCGAGGACAGAGCAGCCUGGAGGCCUACAUUCAGGCCCUGAAGAGAGGCUGCCGUUGUGUGGAGGUGGACUGCUGGGACGGCAGUGAUGGAGAACCCACUGUCUAUCACGGUCACACCUGGACGUCCAAGAUCCUGUUUAAAGACGUCAUUUCCACACUCAAAGAAUACGCCUUCAAGACAUCAGACUUUCCAGUCAUCUUAUCCCUUGAGAAUCAUUGCGGCGUGGAGCAGCAGACUGUCAUCGCCCAACAUCUUCGCCAAAUACUGGGCGACACCCUGCUCAGCACGCUGUUGGACGGCCAGAUCCCUCAGACCCUCCCAUCGCCACAGGAAAUGAAAGGGAAGAUUUUGCUGAAAGCCAAGAAGAUUGGUGAUCUCAAGGGUCUUCAUGAUGAAACCCUGACAGACGAGGCUACUGAUGAAGAAGAGACAGAUAACGGUGAUGCUGAGAUUCCAUCCGCUGAAGACCUACCAGCUGAAGAUUUGAACCACAGUGAAAAGAAAUCCAACUCUCAGCUGUCCAAGCUGCUGUCAGAUCUGGUGAUUUACUGCAAGAGUGUACAUUUUCAUGGUUUUGAACAUGCUCGUCUGCACUCCAAAUGCUAUGAGAUGUCCUCAUUCUCUGAGUCCAAAGCCAAGAAGUUUGCUAAGGAAUCAGGGUCGGACUUUGUGCAGUACAACGUGAAGCAGCUGAGCAGGAUCUACCCUAGUGGUAUCAGGACCGACUCCUCCAACUACAACCCCCAGGACCUGUGGAAUGCGGGCUGCCAGAUCGUGGCUCUGAACUUCCAGACGGCUGGUAUGGAAAUGGAUCUGAACGACGGCCUGUUCAGACAGAACGGCUACUGUGGCUACGUCCUGAAGCCCGACUUCAUGAGGGAUGGAAACACUCGGUUCAGUCCAGAGAAACCUGAGGAGAGGCAGCACUACAAACCACUGCGCUUAUCCAUUCAGGUGAUCAGCGGGCAGCAGCUUCCCAAAGUGAAUCAGAAAGAGGGUUCCAUAGUCGACCCCCUGGUUCGAGUAGAGGUCUACGGAGUUCCCCAGGACCAGGCCAAGGCAGAGUCCAGCUACAUUAACAACAACGGGUUUAACCCGGUCUGGAAUCAAACUCUGAAUUUUGUUAUCCACACACCUGAGCUGGCCCUGGUUCGCUUUGUGGUGGAGGACUACGACAAGACCACAUGGAACGACUUCAUCGGACAGUUUACGCUUCCUUUUAUGUGCAUACAAGAAGGAUAUCGGCACAUACAUCUGCUUUCUAAAGACGGAACGGCAAUUCCUCCCUCAUCACUGUUCGUCAACAUCAAGAUCACAGAGUUAACAUGAAGACGUCAAACUGGGAGCAGUCCAGCGUUAACAAAGUCCAUCGUCGCUAAAGAAACAAGGGACAUCCAGAAAGUGCCUUUACUUGACACAAGGCUGAAGUAUGGUGUCACAUUCAGCACUUAAUCCUUUAAAGAUGGUCUAUUAGUAAUCACUAGGCAACAGGCCAGAAAGGACAGAAUCAAGCCUCUUGGAUUUCUAUACUAUGGACUGUCUUAAAAAGUUGUGCCUCAAAGAAAAUUAUUUUUUUUUCCUCAAAUCAUUAUAAGUAAAGAAAAAGAACUAUGGAUCUUAACACAAUGGAGGCUGCAAAGGGUAAAUAAUACCUUAGUACUCUGGACCAAAGUAGUAUUAAAAAAAAUGACAGGAUUAAGAACUGUGCUUGCUGUACCGUUGAUAAACGGUGCCUUGAAGAUUUCCCAAUUUGAACUGAGCAUUGCUGGAUUUUUUUUUACAAAUUUUAAAAUAGUUGCACUUUUAUAAUUAUUGUUCCAUUUUGCAUGUCGAGAAUGUGCACAUAAGGAAAAAAACAAAAACAAAUAAGCCUGUUUACAGUGUGCAAGUGUGGCACUUAAAAUUCUUGCUGUACUACACAGAAAGCCUACGGGCCACUUUUAAGAUACUUUAACUUGCUGGAAUAUAUCAGUAUUAUAAACCGUAUAAUUGCUUGAA